AUGUCGUACUGGAGCUCUGCCGCCCUUCUGCAAAUGCAGUUACCAAAAAAAUCUCUUCUGUCUUGCAGCGGCAAGUUGGUUUCACCCAAGUGGAAGAAUUUCAAAGGUUUGAAGCUUCAGUGCAGGGACAAAAUCCGGCUCAACAACGCCAUCUGGAGGGCGUGGUAUAUCCAGUAUCUAGAGAAGCGGAAGAACCCCGUCUGCCAUUUUGUGACUCCCUUGGAUGGUUCCAUGGAGGUGGACGAGCACCGUCGCCCUGAGGCUAUCGCAACAGAAGGGAAAUACUGGAAACGGCGAAUAGAAAUAGUCAUCAGAGAGUAUCACAAGUGGAGGACCUAUUUUAAGAAAAGGUUGCAGAAACACAAAGAUGAAGACCUCUCCAUCUUGGUUCGGGAUGACGACAUGUUACUGUGGCAUAAGGACACGUAUGGCCGGGAGACUCCUGUCCCCAUGGAACUGGACUCCUUCUUCUCUACAGACAUGCUCAUGUCGGAACUGCCGGACACCCUCUUCUCCACGCUGUCUUCUCACCAGCCGGUUUCCUGGCCGAAUCCCAGGGAGAUAGCUCACUUAGGAAACGCCGACAUGAUUCAGCCGGGACUUAGUCCUCUCCAGCCCAAUUGCAUGGAUACUUUUGAAUUUUUUCAGGAUCUUUUCUCCUCCAACCGUUCCAAUAAUUAUCCCAUCCCCACGGUUCCUGCUCCCAGUCCCAUCAUGGCAGACACCUGCAGCCAUCCUUCCCAGACUGCAGGGCUGUCCUCGGGGCCUUUGGCCAACCCGCUCCCGCCUGUGAACCUCAGCGAAGGGCUCGUUGGCGCUACAGUGCCUGCCUCCACCAUUCCCGGCAUGGCCGAUGUCGGCGCUGACCUGGGCCUGAGGACCGGAGGCCCCUUCCUGCAGACGCCAGGUUUCACCGCCGAGCCGCCCCUGAGCGGGCCGCAGCCGUUCCUGCCUUCGUUCCCGGCCCUGGUGCCGCUGCUCCAGCCCUCGCAGCAGGGCGCCUUGCCGCUGGACACUGGGAUGCCCUCUCAGGUGCCCUUGUUUGCGUCACUGGAGGCCCCGAAGCUGGGGCUCAGCAAAUCCUCCGUCAUCACCCACACGGCCUCCGCCACCCCCACGCACAACGUUCCCGCCACCACCUUCAGCCACAGCCAGAGCGGCCUCCUGGGCACCCAGCAGCCAGGGGCGUGCGUGCCUUGCAACCUGACUCUCCAGACUGCGGUCGCGCAGGGGCAGCCUCUGCUGCAGCCCCAGGGCACCUUUGCGCUCCCCUUGGCCAGCGCCAGGACUCGGCCCAAAAAGCCACAGAAGCUGGUGCCUGCUCCAAAGCCGGAAACUGUGUCCUUAGUGCUGAAGAGCGCCUUCCUCGCCCCAGCUGCCUUCCAGGGACAGGCCAGAGCUGUGAUUGUCACUCCAGCCCCCCUGAAGAGAGAGAGCGUUUUGGCCCCACGGAUCUCCCAGCCCAGCGUGGUCAUUGCCCCAUCGGGACUGGCCAGAGCACCCCAAGCGACCGAAUUCCACGGCAGCAUUCUGCUCAGCCCGGGCCAGCCGUCUCCGAGCCCCCAGCCCGGCCCCGCCAUCAUCCCACAUCUCUUCUCUCCCAGUGCCAGGCAGGAGGCGUUGGUGAAAGGCGAGCAGGCCCUCCCCCGCACGGCCUGCCCCCAGGUCCCCUCGCCUGUCCCCAGCAGAGACUGCCAGCCGUCGGGGCAGGCGUCCCCUUGCGCCUCCGAGCACAGUCCCAGUCCUCAGUCCCCCCAGAACAGCUGCUCAGGGAAGACCAUGGCUGACCCUCAGGUGACCGCUUUUAAGACCCGGCGGAUGAAGCAUAUUUCGGCAGAACAGAAGCGGAGGUUUAAUAUCAAGAUUGGCUUUAGCACCCUGAAUUCCCUGGUGUCGAUCAACUCUAAAUCAUUCAGCCACGCCCUCACCCUCCAGAAGACGGUGGAGUACAUUGCAAAGCUGCAGCAGGAAAGAUCUCAGGUCCAGGAGGAAGCCAAGCGCCUCCGGGAAGAAAUCGAGGAACUGAACUCUACCAUCAUCUCCUGUCAGCAGCAGCUCCCCGCCACCGGCGUCCCCAUCACGCGGCAGAGGUUUGACCAGAUGCGGAGCAUGUUUGAGGAAUACGUCCGAAGCAGGACCCUGCAGAAUUGGAAGUUCUGGAUUUUCAGCAUCAUCAUCAAGCCCUUGUUUGAGACGUUCAAUGGGAUGGUGUCCACGACCAGCUUAGAGGACCUGAACCAGACAGCCCUGGCCUGGGUGGACCAGCACUGCUCACUGCCUGUUCUGAGGCCAAUGGUUCUGAACACCCUCCGACACCUGAGCGUCACCACCUCCAUCCUCUCCGACCCGUCCCGGUUGCCCGAGCAGGCCGCCAAGGCCGCCAGCAAGAUGAACCAAACAGCUGGAGAAACCUAACCAAACCUUAUCCAAAGAGGGCAGCGCAAGCUCCUGAAGCCCGAGAGGGCGGGCGACCGAGCCUCACAAGACCUCAGAACUUCCUCGCAGUCCGUUUGCUGUGGGACCUCGGCCACCAGGCUGUGGGGGGCGUGGCGGGGGGGCUGGAGCCGAGGGACGAUCCUUCGAUGCCGUGCUUAAGGGGUUCAGUCACACAGGAAAGCCGACUCAGGUAAAUAAGCAGGCCAAACGCCUGCUCCAGCAAUAGAAGCACUCCUUCAAUGCAACAUCACACAAAUCUAUGCAGCACCGGCAUUUAUGCAACGUGACCUCAAACACCAGAGAUGGACAGAGGCAGCAGAGACGAGACCACCACGAGGGGCAGUGGCGUCAAAAGGGAAACAGAUGUUCGGAUUCGUGAACUGUAAAAAGGCUUUCCUUUUUCCUUUCUUCUUCUCUUCCGUUCCCCAGUUCUUGGUUUCCUCCUCAGGGAAAAUGGAAGGCCGGGAUUCAAAGACCUGCCUUCCCCAAGUAGAAGCCGGGCUUGUUUUUGAGCAGCGGGUCUCUUCCUUCUUGACCUUGCCCGUCGGCAGCCUGUGACGUAACACAGGAAAGGGCCGAGGGUGGGGAACGUGUCAGAAAUUUCACGGGACGCCCAAAAGCCUUCAGGGAGAGGCACCAGGAGACCCUGGUGAAGGACUUCAGUGGGAAAUACAUCCAUAACCAAAAGGAGCAAUGGAACAUCUCCUCAGCAGUACAGAAGUACACCAGUGAGAGUGAAUUCAUCCUCCUGACCGCCCCCCCUUUUUAAAUGAGAUCUUAGUACAAACUAUUACUUCAGGAAUAGCUUUGCUUUUGUGGCACUGGAGUAUCUGGUGCAUGAUGUCCUCCUCCUGUUAACUCCCAGUGAUUAGCUCAGGACAAGCUUGGCCGAAGUGGGAAGCGUGUCUCUUAACAGCGGCACCAUUUUGUCUUCUUUCUUUUUUAAAAACAAUGCCUUUUCACUCUCCUGAAGGGUUAUGCUUUUAGGCAGGCUUUCCUUACGCGAUUACAGUCAACUGCGCAGAGUCGUCCACAAAAACGACUGGGCUUCAUAAGUAGACUUGUACUAGUCUUCCCACGCUUACCUGUACUGGCACGCUAGCAACCCGGGGCGUGAACCGAGUUUGCGGCAUUCCCCCACCGUGAUUCUUACUCGGCACGGGUGACGGGUGGGCCGUGCGCCGGCAUGCGCUGCAAAGCUCCCCCGCUGAGAGCCUAUCUGGACGGGCGACUCAACGGCAUUGGCUGUGGUCACCUUUGGAAACGGUCCCAGAAGCACGAUAGGUUCUGGUUGGUGGCAGCGCUUCUUCCCGUCUCCUCCGCAGAAGCCGUGCAUCCAGUCCCUUAACCACAGGGUCAUUUCAGACCCGGGUUUCAAAUCCUGAUCAACAUUAGUCAUGAGUAAGAUCUGCCCAAACGUAAGCCUUACUGAUGGUUAAGACCAGUGCAGGAAAUUAGCUGGGGGACAUGCGGACUCCACAGCCUGCUCCCGAACAGUUCAUCAGAAAUACCAGAAGAGUUCAGCAGCAGCUAAUCCUGCAACAUGCAUUUGGCCCCCAUUCCUUGAACCCUGUUUCCAGCCCUGUCCCAUUAAUACAGCUGGCUUCUUUUGAGCAGUCGUGAUCUGCAUGCCUAGCAGUAUCCGUUUCAGAAGGACCGCCUUGUAUCACAACAAACUCCCUCCUGGAGGAGUCCUCCUGCCCCGCCCCAGGAAUGGCCUGGUCGCCGUGAACCAAGCUUGUUCCCCCGCCUGAAUUACGACAAUUAUUGUGCACCCUCCACUAACACUUUGCCCUUGUUUCGCAACGGCGAGGUGUUGGCUGACCGUUGUCGGAGAGCUGAACAAGCCAGACGAGCUUCCUUUUUGCUCCAGCGAGCUCAGCAAUAACCCCUUGUUUCUUAAUCGACAGGACUGGCGCAAGAAGGGGCAGGACUGACAGAACUCCCCCAUCGUGUCUGUCGGCUCUGCCGUGCAGAUUCAGUUUUCUCAGGGCGGCCUUGGCAGGAUAUUGAGUCUGCCUGUUUUUUGCUUUAAACCCACAGAUUUUCUACUCAAACGGGCAUUAGAAGUUGGAACCCUUGGGAAGAGCGAGAAGCGCAGCCAUAAUCAUGCCUUGCGCUGACACUCAGUCAUGCUGGAUGGGAACAGCAGUAGCCAGCAUGUUCAGCGGGUGGUGGUGGUGGAGGGGGCCAGUCCCUUCAAGCGGCCCAACAGGCCAGAGUGUUCCCCCGGGGCUUUAGUGGCCUGAAAGCACAGGCUGAAAAUACAACUGGCCCAUGCCCCCACCGCCACCACUCCCCCUGGGACCCGUAAAGUUGCCCCCAAGGCAGGCCGGUAGCUACAGUUGGGCAUGUCGGGGCCUGCCCCCCUGACUUUCUGCCAAGCCCCCCCCCCCGGAAAUUCCUUUCCGCCCAGGGCCCCCCAACUCUCUGGCAAGAUGUGGUGGCUGCCACAAACGUCCCGCUCUGCUGCCGGGGCCAUCGGUUCCCCUUGCCUUCCACCUUUCCGGCGCUUUCUCUCCCCACUCCUACCCCUGCCCUCCCCCUCAUCCUGGUAGCACCCUCCAGAGCAUCUUUUCUGCAGUGGGGAAAGGCGAGCGGGCAGGCCAGCAGCCGGGGUGGGUGGAGGGAAACACCAGGAAGGAGGCACAAGGCGCCAAAGCUCACGGCCAGGUGGAGGGCGCCACCGGCACCGCCAGACCCGAGAGCACCGAGAAGCCAGUAAUUGAAUUAGUCUUAAUCAAAUUAGCCAGUGCCCCCUGAGACAUCAAAAUGCCCCCUGACUUAGAAAUUCCUGGCUACGGGCCCACCCCAAGGUCCUGCAUUCUCGUAGGUUCUGUCAGGAGGGGGACUCACACAGAAUCGGGGCACCAGCUGGACUGAAGCCAUGGGCUGCCCCACAGCCGUUCCCGGGUGGGACAGUCCAGUUGUUUAGGACCACCACGGCCUGCCCUUGAUGGUCCCGAAGACCCAACGGUCAUUUCACUUCCACAGCUCAGAAUGCUUUUUCCUCCAACGCUGGCAGCUGCUGCAGGUUUUCUGGAAGAUACCUGCAGAAUAUUCCACCGAGAGCCGCUAAAUGCACUAAGGGCAUCAAUGCAGCUGCUGCCUCUGGUCCUACCUGGGGGCCUUCAGUUCUCCCGCUGCCCCAGUUCUCCCGCUUGAGUAGGGGUGGCUCCAGAAACUGGCAGGAUUUGUACAGAGCCCAGAGAGAGAGAAGAGCUCUCUGACUAAACUUUUCUCUUCCGGGUCUCUCUGUCUUUCUGUCCCAUUGACCCAACCAAGCGAGGGAGGUAUUCCCCAGGGUUAAUGAGCUAAAAGAAGCGCUGCUGAUGUGACACUGCGGGGUACGGACAGAUACCAAGGCAGGCGAAACGGCUUCCAAACAACGUCCAGUCUGCUUUUAAAGUAGAGAAGAGCAAGAGUCCAGUAGGACCUUAAAAGACUAACAACAUCUGUUGGCAGAGGGGAUGAGCUUUCAUGAGUCGCUGUUCACGUCUUCAGUGAGUCACAAAAGCCCCUCCCCUGCCACAAAUGUUGUUCAUCUUCGAGGUC